AUGGAGUGGUCGACAAGCCCGCGCCAGAAUGGCGACACUGGCCCGACGACAACGCCAUCGCAAAGUCGUAGGGCAACAAGCCUCGAGCCACCAUCAAGCCGUCGACUUGUCCGGACCCCGAUUCAGUCUCUCCUACCACAGCCGGGCCUCUCCGCCUCGGGCAGACGGCGAAACGACAACGCCCCGACACCCCAUGCGAAAGCCGCCUCCCUCUACAUCGACCAGCGCCGUGCCGCUCUCACCCCGGGCCGUCGGCGCCGACAAAGUAUCGUCAACCGCCGGGAAUCGAGCUGGGACCAUCUCCGGGCCCUCGGUCGCGCGUUGGCGAAGAGCUCCAAGGUCAUCAACUCGUCCUCGUCCUCGUCUCCGAACCACGGGCAACCCCCCAGGGGACGUCGGUCGCUGGGACUCCUGGAAGAAGUUGAUGACGAGGACGAGCUUCCUAUCGAUAGGCCCGAGAUGACGCUCCCCCUCGACUUCGACGACGAUGCCGACCUGAUCCCCCCGCGCUCGUCCUUCCUCGACGACCAGACACUGGAGAUGCCCCGUCGCGCGUACAGCGAGGCGCCCUCGCAUCUUUCCAUCGCCAGUGGACGCAUAUCCGACUUCUUUAAUAUACGGGAUACAAUGAUUGGUGAUGGCAAUGACGACAUCUUUGCACGAGGUUUUCUGCCGCAGGUCGGCGAGGAUGACGGAACGGAGGAGAGAUUGCCGGACGAUACAUUCGAACGGAUUGAUGAGGAUGCCCCUCGGGAGAUCCUGCCCCCUCGCGAGAGCGACCUUGGUUUCGAGGUUCCUGCCGAUGCAGAUGCCGAACCAUCCACCUUCGUCAUGGCCAUGGCGCAGAGUUCACCCAUUCGUCCAGUUCCAGACGCAGGGGAUGACAUGGAUAACGACCCCGGGACUGCCGCGGACAUUGAUGAUGAUGAUGACGACGACGACGACGAUAAUGGUGGUCCCAUGGGCCCUUGGGGAGACGUCAACGAUGACCAUGACGAUCACCACCUGGGCGAUCUUGGGCAAGGACCGAGGGAUGACACCUUGGCGGACGAAAGACGAGACGUCAGUAGCGACGUCGACGUGACGAAUGCUGAUCAGGAACGGGCCGAGGUGAGAGAAAGGGGCCACCAGAAGCGGAAACCUGGCCAGAGGGUCUCGAAGCACGGUCGUCCCUAUCCCCCUUUCCCCUCCACCGUCGUCAAGCGCGUGGCCGAACAAUUCGCACGCACAAGCGGCAUUGCCAACCCCCGAAUCAACAAAGACACACUAGCGGCGCUCCAGCAAGCCUCCGACUGGUUCUUCGAGCAGGUCUCCGAAGAUCUCUCUGUCUAUGCAGCACAUGCUGGGCGGAAAGUCAUCAACGAAAGCGACAUGGAGCUAGUGAUGAGGAGGUAA